AUGCCGCUGCAGUUAACGUUUCUCAACACUAGUGAUGCCCCUGGUUUGGGGGCGGUGGAGACGAAGCAGAUGAGGGCUCACAUCACCAAGACGAAUUUUGCACGGCGAAGACAGAGGCUUGCCAAGGAAAGACAACAAAAGAAGGUACAAGAGAUCCAUGAAAGAGACUUGAUAGCCCGGCCGGAGAAACCCAUGUCUGGCAAUGAAGCCACCCCCCAAGCACCGACAGCACCCCCCUUAGACCCCGGCUCCGAGAUGCUGUUGUCAACACGCUCUAGAGACCCCAAUAAUUCGAUUAGCUACCUGCUCUAUGAGUUCCGACCCAUCGUCUUCCCCGCUGGCUACGGCUACCCCGGUUCCGAGAGGGAGACGGUCUGGGUCGAUCAGCUGCUUGCCGAGCCCGCACUCAUCGAAGCAUCCAUGGCCAUUGGUUUAAAGUACACUCCCAGGCACAGAACACCAUGGACGUCUCGAGAAGCGGAUAUCCGAAAGUGUAUGGCCAUCAGCAUGAUCAACAAGCGACUCGACACAGCCGCUGGCUUAUCGGAUGGCAUGCUUGGGGCUGUGUUCACGUUGGCCUUUGCAGAGCGGCUUGCAAGCGAUGAAAAAGCGUUGGAGGUGCAUAUCCAAGGUUUGGCCCAGAUGAUCAGAUUGAGGCGAGCAGCGGGAAUUACUCGAGUUCCAUCAUGUGACUCGAUCGGUCAAGCAGUCACGUCCACCAACGGCUCUCAUGAAAAGCUUAUGCAAGCCCUGCGCAACGAGGAUAACCCAACGUCUAUGGAUGUUUCCAGAAUAACCAGCGGCAUAUCGCAGCUCCGAAAAGCGCUCGACGAGUUUAGUGUAACCAAAAUUCCGUCAAAAAGCGAAAUCCUCAACAUCGAACAUCAGGUCGAUUGCCUAAAGCUUGAAGUGGAAGUCGUGUUGGGAAGCGAUGACCAGUACAUCCGCACACUUCGCUUUGCCCUGCAGCUAUUUUUGCUUCUUUCUUGGCUAUCUCGGCCUGAAACGGAUUUUGGGCUUCUUGCUGAGGAUCUGAGGCAUUCUCUCGCGAAACCUCAAAUUAGACUGUGUUCCUCGGUCGAGCCGACCAUUUGGCAGUUUUUUGUCGGGGCUGUUGCGGCGGAAAAGUCGAUGGAGACUCGAAACUGGUACAUUAACAGAUUACAGGCGGUUUUUGACGCGAUGCAAGUUACAAAGUGGACUGAGGUGGUUCAACUUCUUGAUAGGACAUUCAUGCCCGAUAUGGGACUGUUGGAGAGAUUCAAGCUCGUGUGGCAGGAAAUCGGUAUGGGACAGGGGAGACACUAA